AUGAGGAUCCCCGCCGCCUCGCUGCUGCUGCUGCUCAUCCCUUGCUGCCUGUGGACAGUACAGGGGCAAAACGAGGGCAACAGGGGCACCUGGGAUGAGCCCAUCCCGUUCAACAACAAGGCAAAGGAAUUCUGCUCCAUGGUCGUGACGGCCCAGGAUGAGGCGACCAGGCUGAAGGUGUCCUGCAAGAGCGCCAACAAGGAGUACUCGUGCGAGUUCCUGGGCCGGCCCCAGGCAUGCCGCUCCUACAACAACAACCCCAAGCACUACUUCACCCAAAUCAUGUGGGAGCUACGUAAGCUGGCCAACGCCUGCGAAGGACCACGAGCACUCAAACCUCUGAUGUGCAAGAGGGCAACAGAUGAGGCACAGAUGGUUGGAGCGGCCAAGCCUGCGAUAGCGAGGCCGGCUCAGGCUAAACCGGCUCAGACCAAGCCACCCCGACCUAAACCAGAGGCAGCGCCUGCCAAGCCACCCCGAGCCAAAGCAGAGACUGCCCCGGCCAAGUCUCCUCGAGCCAAAGCAGAGGCAUCCCAAAGCAAGGCAGCUCAACCUAAAGCGGAGAUGGCCCCAGCCAAGACCACUCAGACGAAACCGGUGCCAGCAAAGCCAGCAGUGAGAGUCGGAUCGGCAAAAAAGCUUCUCCCAAGGCCCCCGAAAACAACCCCUGCCCAACCCACGGAGCCGACCACGACGGGAGCAGCAGAAGCGAUGGCUCAGGAAUACUGCUGGGAGUCUCUCCAAAGUCUCUGCGCCUACGUCAUUGGCUGGUUUCACAACUGA